AUGGAGAUACAACCAAAGAAUAAUGAAAAUGGCAUGUCUGCUGAGCGAUGGGCAUUAAUGCAGAAGACUCCGCAAGUGGGCGAUUGGUUUACCAGUGCAGUAGAUGCGAGACAAGUGGAGAAGAGAAAAGGAACGGAUUUGAGCCUGCUUGAAAGGUUGGCAGAAGGUGCUAGUUUUGUCACUAUCCCGCAAGGAUCAUCGACCACAUUUACAGCUUCGUUCGGGCCUACAUUUGAUUCUUAUGAGGCUACAGGCGGUCAAGGGUACUACUCCGCGGUGGAAGGAAUGCAUGAACACGCAAGGCAUAACGAAUGGUCGAACAGGGUAUUGGGGAAGUCAAAACACAUCGAGGAAGGUGGAUAUUUCGGUGUUGUCGAUAGUGGCAAAGGCAAAUCAAAGGAAACGGUCGAUGAUAUUCUGGCCGAGAACGGUGCUUUAAUUGCAGAGUUACAAGCUUGGCAGGAAGUGAGGAUUAAUAAGGGAGUUCCCACAGUGACAGAAAGGGAACAGCAAGUCGCCGAGGAACUGCUCACUUCGCUCACUAAAAUCACCGGUACCCUGUCUCCCGCCAAAAUGCUCUCCGCCUCCACAUCAAGAGCUGGACUCGCUCAUGAAUUGGCACGACGAUUUUUGCCUGUCAAUUUACCCUCCAUCCGCGGCACACUGGAUCCUCGACGUCCAAACGCUCUUCAUGAUAACAUCACCGUCAAACCUCGAACCAUGGCAGGUCAAACUUUGGGAGGUACGACCAAUCCCGCAAUCUCAUCACCCCAUGCUCCUCCACCCCCCGUCAAAACGGGUAUCAUGCAACCACCACCUGUACCAGGUCACAAUCCACCGCCUCCUCACACUCUACCAGCUGCAGCUCGACAGUCCAACUCCUAUCGGGCCAACACAACGCCCAACCGUGGAUCUUACCCGUAUACACCUACACCUACUAUUCCAAUUCAUACCAACAACAACCGCACACCGGCAUCUCCCUCAGGUCCGGCGUCCCCAGGUACGGCAUCGGCUUUAUUCCCGAGAUCCGCGGUCGGUCCAGGGCCGUCCAACUUGAGGCAAAGCUUCGGUCCUGGGACACCGGGCAGCAACGGUGCUGCAUAUGGUAUGAAUGUUGCAGGAAGUCGAGGGAUGAUGAUGUCUGGUGCUAUGAGAUGA